UCUGCAGCUUGCUGCCUUUUCUAAGCAGCGGCUCUAAUGGAGAAGAUAAUAAAGUGAUUAAUAUAGGAUUCAACUUUGACGUUUGAUUGAGCCUUGUAUUCGGUCCUUUCGCGUUACCUAUUUGUCCGCUCUCAUGAAGGCGUCGACAUUGGAACGACACAUGUCUAGAAAACAGACGACGAAGACCUGUCUCGAAAAUUGAAGAACUGUGAUUUUAAUCUUCCACUUCAGUAAGGAUUAUCAUGGGUAACAAGCAGUCAUUUAGCUGCUGCUACUAUAAUGUCAGUCCUCAACCUCAACGAAAAGUCAAUGAUGUUUCUGACCGACGCGUGUUUGAGUCAAAUGAGCCUGGCAGGGCAGAAAGUACAACAAACUUACAGCAUAUCAGUGAAAGAGAGCCUGAAGAUUGGCAGUCUGAUCCUUCACUUCACCCCAAAGCAGAAACAAUAUUCAUGGAAAGGUCGAGAGCUGCCAUUCACGAGGGACUCGAAAGGAGGAGAAGUCAACUUCAGCUCCAUGAUAGAGGCACUUUAAAGAAAUCUAAUUCUUGCUCAACCAUCUUUGUUGAUGAGAGCACAGUGUGUCAGCCUAAUUUGAAGAACACAAUCAAGUGUGUGACACUAGCCAUUUAUUACCACAUCAAGAACCGACAAUCAGACAGGCAAAUGGAUAUAUUUGAUGAGAAACUUCACCCAUUAUCAAAGGACAGUGUAUCCAACGACUACAGCAGGUACAAUCCUGACCACCGCCAAGUCUACAAGUUCGUCAGAACGUUAUUUAACGCUGCCCAGCUAACUGCCGAGUGUGCCAUCAUCACCCUGAUUUAUUUGGAAAGACUACUAACUUACGCUGAAAUCGACAUUACCCCCGGAAAUUGGAAACGAGUGGUGCUGGGUGCCAUUCUGUUAGCUUCCAAAGUAUGGGAUGAUCAAGCAGUUUGGAAUGUUGACUAUUGCCAAAUCCUUAAAGAUAUCACAGUGGAAGAUAUGAACGAAUUGGAGCGCCACUUUUUGGAAAUGCUUCAAUUUAACAUCAAUAUUCCAUCGAGCGUUUACGCCAAAUAUUAUUUCGAUUUGCGGACGCUUGCAGAAGCCAAUGAAAUGAAUUUCCCAGCCGAACCUCUAACAAAAGAGAAGGCAACAAAGCUCGAGGCCAUGUCGCGCGUUUGUGAAGAUCGAUUGGCAGCCGAUAUAUUACGAGCCAAUUUGAAGCGAUCGGCCAGCAUGGACAACGUCAACAUUUCACGCAGGAGCAUAGCCAUCCUGUCGUAAACGAACCUUCUUGUAAUCGCAACGCAUCCUCUUUUGCACUCCCUGACAUCCACGUCCCUCUUCUACACUUCCUCACCCCCUCAAAAAAAUUGUGGCUGGACCUCUCCCUUUUCCCCCCCCCCACCUCACGUUAGCUUCUUUCUGUUUCCUCAAAAGUGCCUCAUGACACCCUCAUGACUUGUGAAGAUCCUUUAUCCUAUUGAUUAUUUUCCACGAGGGAAAGAUUACUUAAUCAAGUACGAUUCUAUUUUUGUUUUUCUCUCGUCUUCCUGCCUCGAUUUUUUCUUUCCUUUUUUAUUAUUAUUAUAAUUUUUUUUUAAAACCCCAUUGCAUGCUUGAAAUGAUUUAGCUCUCCUAGUCAGUCAACGUAGAUUCGAGGAUGAAACAUCAGGCGUUACGCCACAUAACUCUCUCCCGAAAACAAAAACGCCAUUUAAAAAACUUAAAAAAAAAAAGAAGAAGAAGAAGAAAGAACAGGGGCAAUGUAAGGAAUAAGAGAGAAAACAAACAAAUGACUUAACCAAUGUAAAUUUUCUUUACUCCAACUGCUUGUUCUACAAACCGAAAAAUUAUCACCCCUUUUUUUCCCCCCCUCCCUUAGCUGUCGUUUUCUUUUUUAUUUCUUUUUGCUUCCCCCUAUAUUUCCCUCAGAAAAAUUUGCGGUUUCAUCCGCUUGUUUUUCUUCCCCUCCUUUUUUUUUUCGGUUUACUCUUCCGGUACAUUUCACAUGUGAUGAUGCCGCUGAUGGACAAUUAAUGAUAAUAAAGACAUGUCGUAAAACUUCA